AUGGUUGUUAUUAUAAUUGUUUCUCUAAGAAUUGGCGCUGUGGUUGUUACUGAUGCUGUUGUUGUUGUGGUAGUUAUUGGUGUUGUUGUGGUUGUUGUUGGUGUUGUUGUGGUUGUUGUUGGUGUUGUUGUUGUUGUUGUGGUUGUUGUAGUCGUUGUCGUUGUUGUGGUUGUUGUUGUUGUCGUUGUGGUUGUUGUUGUUGUCGUUGUUGGUGUUGUUGUCGUUGUGGUUGUUGUCGUUGUUGUUGGUGUUGUUGUCGUUGUUGUUGUUGUUGUCGUGGUUGUCGUUGUUGUUGUUGUUGUGGUUGUUGUGGUUGUUGUUGGCGUUGUUGUGGUUGUUGUGGUUGUUGUUGGUGUUGUUGUCGUUGUUGUUGUUGUUGUCGUGGUUGUUGUGGUUGUUGUGGUUGUUGUGGUUGUUGUGGUUGUCGUUGUUGUUGUUGUUGUUGUUGUGGUUGUUGUGGUUGGUGUUGUUGUCGUUGUGGUUGUUGUCGUUGUUGGUGUUGUUGUCGUUGUGGUUGUUGUCGUUGUUGUAGUUGUUGUUGGCGUUGUUGUCGUUGUUGUGGUUGUUGUUGUUGUUGUGGUUGUUGUGGUUGUUGUUGUUGUUGUCGUGGUUGUUGUUGUUGUCGUGGUUGUUGUUGUUGUCGUGGUUGUUGUGGUUGUUGUGGUUGGUGUUGUCGUUGUGGUUGUUGUGGUUGUUGUUGGUGUUGUUGUGGUGGUUGUCGUCGUUGUGGUGGUUGUCGUCGUUGUGGUAGUUGUCGUUGUUGUGGUAGUUGUUGUUGUUGUGGUAGUUGUCGUUGUUGUGGUAGUUGUCGUUGUUGUGGUAGUUGUCGUUGUUGUGGUGGUUGUCGUAGUCGUCGUUGUUGUUGUUGUUGUAUUCCAUUUCAAUCCUGCAUUAAAUGGAUUUCUAUUGCUUGUUAUAUAUUUAUAUAUUACAUCCAACAUAAUUUUCUUAAUCUGA